AUAUUAACAGGGUGACACCUUGCAUCUGGAGAAGGGAGCUAUUUGCAGCAUCAGUUCAUCCCAGCAUCAUCUAUCUUCGCUUAACAGGAGUUAAUCUCUGCAUUUACAGACAUGACAGUUUUAGUAAUGCCCGUUCUUCAGCGCAGCCGAGAAUUUUAAGUCCUGCCCACUGCAACAGAGGAAGGUAGAGUCUAAAACACUGUGUAAUUAUAUGGCUGUUUUUUUCUGAUGCUAAGGUCAUGCUAGCUAACGGAACUGCUGCACCUGCUCAUAAAAACAUCAGACAGGGUUACAUAGUCGAUGCACAGUCGAUAAAAGAAGCAAUUAAAUGCGUGAAAAAAAUACAAGUUUGAUACUAAUUUGUUUCCAUUUUUGAUGCAAUUUCCCUAUUUUUUUUAACAAAGGAUGCGUUUUAAAAGUGCUCUUAUAAAAACAACCACUGUAUAUUGUAUAUUUGGAGUAUUUUACAUGCCAUUUUUAAAUGUUUUCCAGAGCAGCUCUUAUCUUGUCUCUAAUGUGUACAGUCUGGUUUUAGAUGACAGUGCUACAGACCAUAAAUGAGAUAAAUAAAAAUGGCUUAUUAUAAUCAUUACAAUCUUAUUAUCUUUUUGUUUUUCAGGAAGUUUUGGGCCCACAUGGGCAGCGUUCUGGCAUUGUCUUCUGGUCCGGGCCAUCAGAAUUGGCCUUUCUCCACGGACCCCUCUCGCUGGGACGCUCAUCCUGCCCACUGGGACAGUCCACCACGCUGGGAGAAGAGAGAUGGUCGCCUACCAAACCCCGGCAGCUUCCAUUCUCUCCACAGAAGUUGUAAAGGUAUGUGUUGUUAGAAAGGAGUAGCUAAAUUUUCACUGUGGAGUCAACAUAUAUAUAUAAAUAUAUUUUAAUUUGGAGGCUACAGCUGUUUUCCUCGCUGCCACUACUUAGCAAUGCAUUUGUUGUUGUCAUGAGACACUUGGUGUGGAUGUGUGUGGGUGUUUUUUUCCUGUAAACACCACUAUCAAAAGUUGAAAAACUAAAUUGGGCAUUUCUGAGCACAGGCAUAGUCACAUCACUCAACAAAGAAGUUAUCUUGUGGUCUCAAUUAAGGCAGUUGAGUUAAGAGUAACACUUUGCUAUUUCCCCCCAUCUUUCCAGAUGUGUUUCCCCAACAGAUUGAGGGUGUCAAGAUGAUUCUCAAUAAAACUCUGAGCAGUUUCUUUAAGGUCUCUCUCCCAUUCACAUUACAAUACACCUAGCCAGUGUUUUUGAUAUGAUCAUAAAUCAAUUCAUUUUUUAAUGGUCUUUGACAAAAUCUAUGUAUUUGAUUUCAGGUCAGUCAUACUCUACAUCUCAGUGCUGUCAGUCCUUCAUAUUAUCGAUUCCAUGUGGAGCACCUGCAGUCUGAUGACUACAGCAAGGACAAGGUCAGGCACCAGUCCUUACAUAAUAAAUAAGUAAACACUACUUUAAGGUUAAUGUACUUGUCUUUAUAAAUUGAUGAGAAAUAGAUGGAGCUAUUACCCUCUAAGAUAACAAUUCGCAUUAACUCUUCCCCACAUUGUAGGAUGCCCCAGCACUGAUUGGCGAGAUGGACUCUUCGGGGAGUCUAAAUGCUCACGCUCUGCUGAAUCUCACUGAGCAUGUAAGAGCCAGAUCGGUGUUUCAGGUGAGAUCCUGUGAAACAUGUCUAUGUGUUAUCUGUUCAAGUCACUUGCUAGAGUUAAAAAAACAACAACUAGUAGAAUAGCUAUUUAACAGCAGUACUGUUGGUAUGCAGAAACCUGAAUAGAAUAAAAGAAAAAUACAAGAAGAAAAAAGGCCCAAAAAAUUAAGUAUGUAUAAAGGGUGCCAUGGAGGAGCAAUUGCAGUUAUACAACAGUGUAUAAGUAAAACACAACUGGAAAUUUGAUAUGUAAUGCUUGAGUCAAGUAAUGUGCUCAAUGAUUUGCAUUAAUGUAACUCAAUGAUGGAUGCUAUAUGCUGCAAACAAUUUAUUGAAGAAAUAAUUGAUUGUGCUUUAGACCCAGCAGUCCCAGUUUGUAACGUGGCAGUUUGAAACAGAGUACAGAGGAAAUGAUUUCACCGCUGCUGUGACUGUGGCCAACCCGGACGUUCUCAGAGAGUCAGGUGAGGAAUAAUUUUAUAAAAGUCUCAUUUGGUUUUCAUCCGUAGUUCCUUAAAAUACUUUAUAGGAUAUUUGUAACCUAGGUAGAAUAAGUACUGAGGUUAUCUAUCAUAAGUUCAUUGUUUCAUUGCAGUUCCAAGAGUUUCUCCACUGUGGACUCCUCUUAUUCAGCAGUCAGUGGAUUUUCAGGAUUUUAUGAGUUGUUCUGAACCUUUCACUGUCUUUGCAUGUUUCUGUUGGACAGUCAUCCUUGUGGCACACUUCCUUCAGAGUGUGUCCUCUGGACUGGUGUUAGGAGGGGAGCUUGUGUACCAUCGUGGUCGAGCAGAGGAGGGGGGAAUUCUUACCUUGGCUGGGCAGUACUCAAGUAAGCUGGGUUUUUUUUACUUCUCCAAAGCCAUUAUCCUCUGAUCUGCUUUAUGAGAUUUAGCUGCCUAGUUUUUCUUGUUUCUCUGUCACACUCAUGCAGGACCAAACUGGGUGGCAACACUAAAUGCUGGGAAAGGAGGGGCCCAUGCGAGCUACUAUCACAGAGCUAACAAACAGGUACUGCAAAUACCAGCGCACUAUACACAACAACCAUCCACCUAAGUUGAAUUUGAAAAAUAUUAAUUUGUGUGUCUGUGUUCAGAUCCAAGUUGGGGUAGAAUUUGAAGCCAGCACCAGGACACAGGAGACCACAACCUCUUUUGGGUACCAGAUGGAACUCCCAGAGGCCAACAUGGUCUUUCGAGGUAAUUUAUUUUUUGCCAUUUGUAAUAAAAUCUAUGUGUUAAUGAAAAAUAUUAAGAAAAGCCCUCAUUACAUAAGCUUUUUUGUGUGCCCUCAGGUAUGAUUAACAGUCGGUGUAUAAUAGGAGGUGUGUUGGAGAAGCGUCUGACUCCUCUCCCGGCCACCCUGAUCAUGGGCGCCUUUGUAAAUCACAGAGGUGACAAGCUGCAGGUGGGACUAGGUGUCAAUGUGGGAUAACCUUCUUAAUCCCAUCUGGAAUCACAAGCUGCUGACAGGACAGCCAUUCAGCAACCUGUUUCAGAUGUGUCACUAUGACCUAAUAUAUCAAUUUUUCUUUAGCUUCACCCAAACACUCUGCAACCUCCCCGGCUACAGAGUGUUUGAGCAAUGAAGCCAGAAAUGUUUCCUUAACAGGAUGCAUGUCAUCUCGCAACCUACCUCUCAGAUCUGCUUUCUGAUUGAGUGACAAAAGGACUGAACAUAGAUGGAUACUUUGAGGGACCCAGUAACUUUGACUGGAGAUUUGUUGCUGUUAACCUCAAACCAGAAUAAGCAUCAUCUCAUGGACAGAGAAAACUUAAAGAAUGCACUAAAAACUGUAAUUAAAUACGUUUUAUACUGUAGGUACUCAUACAGAAAUGUAAUGUAUACGAAAUAUAUCAGAAGAUAAUUUUGUUUUUCUAUUUUACCUAAUUGAUUUUGAUUCUUGUAAGCCUGACCUUUAUGUGACCAGCCAUUGUUUGUUGAGAUGAUGCAUAUGACCAAAUUUACUUCUCCCCCCACAGUAACUGAUUUACUUCCAUACUGGUUUUAGUUUGCAUAGCUUACCAGUGUGAUGCUUUUUAGCAUCUUACUCCUUGGCUUUGAUUUUUGGAUACUUUAAAUUCCUUGAGUGCACCAUCCUGGAUGAGUUUUAGAAAGAUUACCAUGCCAUGCAUUUCCGUAAGGCAGCGUUUUUCAACCUUUUUUGAGCCAUGGUACGUUUUUCAUUAAGAAAAAAUCCCGAGGCACACCACCAACCAAAAUUUUACUCAAUGACACUUGGUAGCCCCAAAUAUAGUUUAUAUAAUGACAAUAUAGCCCCUCUGUUUAUUCAUACUCACCAUGUGUGAAACCUGGGGCUGUAGGUUACAGCACAGAAACUUGAGAAUUAGAAAAGAAAAAUAGACCAAUAAAGUGAAAUUGGAUAAGUUCUCAGGGUAUACCUGAUUGUCUGUCACGGCACACUGGAUGAAAAACACUGCCUUAAGGUAAUGACAGAGUUAAUUUAUUAGUUAAAUGUCUCAUUUUCUCAAGCCAGACUUUGUUAGCUGGUUUUUAGAAUUACAAAUGGUUGACCAAAUUAUUAAUAGGAAAACAAAGAUGUAAAAAAUUCUACGAUUGUCCUAAAACAGUGUAUGAGUAAGUGGUUGUGUGUUGUGUGUUUGAUUUGCUCUACUUUUUUUGCCAGUAUAUAAGCCCACUGAGAGAGAAAGGAGCCACUCUAUUCUUGACUCUGGCUGAGGACUGAUGUGGGGCUGUGCACUAAUUAGACAGGACUGGGCCGUAUGAAAAUAGGACUAAGUGAAGGCAUGUGGAAACAUUGGUCUAAACGCAUACUGCACUACUCACAUGGCAUCUAGGCUCUUACAGUCCUAUGUAAGAAAUGUUCUAUAUGUAUUAUUUAUACAUUAUGUAAUAUAAGCAAAGAGAAAUGGAGUAGGGUGACUGCCAUUUUGGACUUAAUUUAUUAAAAGAUGUUAUUUCUUUCAUACGCAUUGUUUUCAUUUUCCUGAUUAAUUUCACUUGCAAGAAAUUAAUAUUCUGCAGAUGAAGUACUCAUAGUUAUUGUGUUUAAAGCUCAGAUAACCAUUGCUUGUAUAUUAAUUAUGCAUAGAGAGAGUGACAGUGGUCACUCGUACUCACACAUCAACAGAAUACAAGCACCUGAAUUUA